CCUUUUCUAGACAUUUACCGGCUAGAAACCGGGAAUAUGUUAUGACAGUGCAGCCAAUCUCGUGCCCCUUUUCUUUGAAGAAAUCAAAAGAAGGCAGCAGCUGGGUGAAAAUCGACGUAUUUAGCUGAUUUGUGGACAGAGACAUGUGCUGGGCAUGCUGACCUACGCCUGCCCCUGCUACUAUGUACAGCUUUUUUCUUGCCUGUCGUCUCUACUCGUCUCCAAAGAAAGGCUUAGCUGUCACUCUUCGCCCGCGCCAUGUUUCUCCCGUACAGCAUACUCAUACAUGUGCUGCGCCAUGCCACCAACUGCGAGUACAUUGAUCAGUUCUUUAAGCGCCGCUCACCGCAAUCGCGCAGCUAUUACCACAAACAAGUACAUGAGUAUAUACGAUCAAGGAGCCCGGCGGUAUUGUAUGUAAACCGUGCCUGGCGCCACGCUGCACUGCCGUACUAUUUCAGAUACGCAACCUGCGACGAGGCCAGUGCGGUUCCUGUGUGUGUACCGCCAGAGUACCGGCACUUGCUUCACGGCCUGUUCAUUUUCAUACCAGCGAGCCACAAAGACAUCCGCUGGCAGGAGCAGCCACCAUUCACAGCAAUCCCACUCGACAUUCGACUUAAUACCAAGCUGCUGGCCGUGUGGAUGCACAACAACAUGUCGGUGCCGCUAGAAUAUCUGUGUUAUGUCAGCACUGCAUUCCCACAUCUGCACAACACCUACCUGGAUAUGGAACUCUACUCGGUUCCCAGCGCAGAGCAGAUCUCCUACCAGCAUGCCAUAGCCCAAACUGCUAUUUCCACCCCCACCCUUGACGAGGCUUUGCAUCUGCUUCACUCGCUCUCGUUUCACCGGCUGCUGGACAGUUCGCCAUCGCACCUGUUCAGCCUGAUCCGGCGAUGCGCACCAUAUGUCAAGCAUUUAGACAUUGGGCUGGUCUCGGGCAAUGUGCUGGCGCGCAUCUUUUUCACUACAAAGCACCUCCACAAUACCGAGAGUAACCGAGUUGCUGUCGCCGAGCAGGUCCUGUUCCCACAGCUCCGCCGCCUGCACUAUUCGCUCAGCAGUGGCGUCGCCCAGAAGUACCCGCCUGCAAGCUCGUGCUUCUUCCCCAACAUCGAGGAGCUGUUCUGCGACAACUUUCGGUCGGCCGAUAUUGCCGUCGAUGACCGCGUGUACAUGGCACUGCAUGACCUAUUCUUGGCUAAUCCGCUGCCAAAUCUGCAAGCGCUCAAGUUUAAUUUCAAAGUUGAUCCUGGACGCCUGAUCAUCGACCAAGACCGGUUUCCGCGUCUGGAAACGCUGGAGCUGUUUGAUCAGGCGUAUUGGCACGGAUCGUCACUGCGCAGUGACCAGGCUGCCAGCAUGCUGGAAUCAGUGCUGUCGCACCCGCGGCUGACAUCAUUCGAAUACCCCGCUGCCGUUUCUGGCACGGUUCCUGUGGGGCAGGUCGAAUGUUCCAGGAUCCAGUUCCUGAUGCUCAAGGGGUGGACAUUUACGGUCGACGGCUUGAUUGGCUUUGUGGUGCAGCAGCCGCAGCUGGUAUCGUUGCAGAUAAACAUUGCCCCGGGCUUAUCUGCGGCGACAAAAGCGCCGAGGCAUGUGCAAUAUGGGGGCCACAGCCUGCGGCACCUCUGGCUGUUCAGCGACAGAAGCAACAGCCAGCGCUGGGACGCCGCAAGUGUCAGCAUGCUGUUUGAUUUGCUAGACAACCUUGGUAGCCUCAACCACAUAUUCCUGUUCCCCAGGGCGAUCGAGGAACUCCGGCUCCUGGCCUCAGUUGGCCCGCCGCCCCGCUUUGCAUUCGGCCAGGAUGCAGCCGCAAUUGCUGAACUUUGCGCAGUGGCCCAAAAAGUGACAAAGGUUUUUGAGGGAUUUGCAACUGAAAAAUAACCUGUUUACUUUUUGUGAUUUCGCCGAGCUCGCUUUGUUUUUUAUUUUGUCCGUCGAGGCAUUCAGGAAAGGGACAAGCUGCGCUCCCUCGUUUUCUGGAGCAACUGAUGGUAUGCAUAUGAGGCUCGUGAGACGAGCCGUACCAGUAACCGACACGCAUGUAGCUGUCGGCAGAAAAAUAUAUUCUGGAACCGCUGGGGUUUUUUCUUGAGGGAUUGAGACAACUUUAAUGCGGGCGGUACCUAAUUGCUGUUCAAGGAGCGGUCACUUGAAGCACACCAGCGACAGCGCGAAAGUCCGCAUGUCUGGCUGCC